UAUUUUUUCGUAUUUCCUUUAUCAUUUUAUGCAUUAGUAUUUUGCUACCAUUUUCUUGUUUAUUGCGAGGUACAUUCGAGCUGUUCAUCUAUUCUUGCAAAUAUUCGCAAAUUCAUCCUCAAUCUCCUACCAUCCUGAUCUAACGUACAUAAAGCUGAAGGUUUACCGUGCGCCCUUAAAGGCUGCCACAAUGAACCAAAGCUAAGUCCUGAUUUUACACUCAUUUAAAUAUUUGUUAUUUUACCCUUUUUUUUAGGGUUUACCUUUAAAUAUAAUGAAUUCCGCAUACACUCAAUUCUUUUUUCUGUUUGCCUUUGCUCUGCAAAUUUUUUUUCAGGGUUAGCCCCGAGUUCCCGACUGCAAACCAUGUCAGAUCAAAUCAAGCUAAGUACUUUUGUUUAUUUUAUUAUUUUAAAUUCAAUAUAUUCGUUAUUUUUAGGGUUAGUGACGUUUGCCUCCGAACCGAUAAUGCACUCACCCUUCUGUUUAUUCUUUCUUUUCCAAUUUUCAGGGUUUAUCGAACGCCGAAGCUACGAGUUUGGUAACCCUAAAACCUAACUUCAAUAUUUUAUGCUUUAAUUAUUAUUACUUAUGUCAAACCCUAUUAAGGGAUCCCCUGGUUACAAUUUCCCUCCCCCAUAUCUGUUUUGAUUAUAUUAUUUAAAUGCGUGGUUAGUAAUCCUAGGGAGUGCAACCUUUGAAUUGAACAUAGAAUCACUAAAUUUACAAGAUAAUAUAUUUGAAUAUAAUCACGUGAUUGGUGCACACACGCCCACUCUUGGGUAACCUCUCUGUUGCCUUGUUGCCUGUUGCCUUGUUGCCUGUUGCCUUGUUGCCUUGUAUUUUGUGCAGAAUAGCCAGUCCCUCGAAUACGAGGAUACCUCAGCCAUGUUGCCUCGAUUAAAGGUCAUGGUCCCUAAUGAUGCUGCCUUCGAUACACUAACAUGACCUCGACCCUCGGAAGUUGCCUACGGAAAAGGCUGAGGUAUCCAAAGUCAACACUUCUCAUCAAGAAUGGCUAACAGUGUGACCGUCAACAAAAAGACUACGAAGCAUACCUUCUCUUGCAGUUUCUACCGUGAGGAUAUAACACCUUUGGUUCGAUUGAGCACCCGAGUUACUGGGCAAAAUUUGGAUGAAUUCAGAAAGACUUAUGGCCACAUUCUGCUUAUGUUAACUACUCGUAUUGAUGAGUGGGGUCUUUACACUCUUCUUCAGUUUUAUGAUUCUGAGCUGUGCUGCUUUACCUUUCAAGAUUACCAACUAGCCCCUACCCUCGAAGAGUAUGCACAUAUUCUUCAAAUCAAAGUUCAACAUAAGGUUCCUUUUGUGUGUGCACCCGAGAAGCCCAAAAUGGAUCGCAUUGCUGAUGCUCUUUAUUUGAGCAUGAAGGACGUUAAGGAUAACUGGAAGCCUAAUGGUGGGACCCAUGGAUUCUAUGUGAAAUUUCUGAUGAGGGAAGCUGAAGCCCUUGCUGAUAAGGAAAAGUGGAAAGAAUUCAAUGCUCUCCUGGCCGUCAUGAUCUAUGGAUUAGUGAUGUUCCCGAAUAUUCCAAAUUUUGUUGAUCUCACUGCCAUUUGUCUCUUCAUGGAUCAAAAUCCUGUCACACUAUGAAUCACAUAAAAUAUAUGGGACAUGACUCAUGUAUAUGCAUGUGGUAUCAAUCGGAGCUUCAGCCCCCGUCACCAAUUGCCCAAUUCAGAGGCACAAGGCAUAAGCCUUCGUCACUAAUUUGCCAAUCCAGCCGUCACAAUAUAUAUGCAAAUGUAUGCGACUCGAUGGACCGAACAUCACACAACACCAUCAUCAUCAUCAUCAUCAUCAUUUACUUCACAAAAAUAUUCGUCACAAGGCACACGCCCAUAUCUUAAUCAUUACCGAUUAUUAAAGGUAAUACACUUCACACAUAAUACAACAACUUCAUACAACAACGAAACAAUUCCAAUAAUUCUUCAAAUCAAUGGACGAUACCAUUAGCAAAAUAAUCACAAAGAUAUUCACAACAAUCAUAUUCACGGUCAAAUUCGCAAGAUACCGUAAUUUACCGCUAAACCGAAUAGUUAAUCUAAGUUCAAGUUUAUUCCAAUUAAAUAGGCUUAUUAAAAAUUAAUCUAACUAUUAAUUUGAUCGACCAAUUAAUAUCACAAUUUCGACCAAAGAACACCACCACGUUAAUGUACUAAUUAAACUUAGCUACCACGU